AGGCGUGCACUGUGCAAGAAGAGGAGAGUGACCGCUACAUAUUCCUGUUUAUCAUUUGAGCAGAUGGAUUUUAGCUCUGGUGAAGAGUCGGAUAUUAGUGAUUCGGAGAUAUAUGAAUACAAGGAAAAACCAUACGCAUUGUUGAAGAGUGGAAAACUGAGAGUAAAAGGACCCAAUGACAGCUUCCGUUGUCCCUUCUGUGUUGGAAAGAAGAAACAAGACUACAAGUACAAAGACCUCCUCCAGCAUGCAAAUGGAGCAGGCAAAGGGUCCUCCAACAGAAGAGCUAAGAAAAAGGCCUGUCAUAUUGCACUAGCACAGUAUCUGGAAAAUGAUCUAGUAGAUGAAGCUGAGCAACCAGCUCAAGUGGAAGUACCUCCACAUUCUAGUGAAAAUGAAUUAUUGUGCAAUCCUUGGACGGGGAUUGUUGUUAAUAUAGUGAAAGGUUUUGACAUGGGAAGAGCCAUUUUUAGUGAAGAGUACAUGAUGGACAAGUUUAGCAAGUACAAGCCGAAAGAAAUUGUGUUGUUUUGUGAUGGGGAAAAACUUAAUGGAGAAGCUAUUGUCAAGUUUAAUAAUAAUUGGGUUGGGUUCACAAAUGCUAUGGAAUUCGAGAAGUCGUUCCAAACUGAUCACCGCAGCAAGAAGGAUUGGGCAUCAGAGGAAGCUCAUAAAGGGUCGCAAAUGUUUGGGUGGUUGGCACGUGCUGAUGAUUAUGAGUUGGCAGGAGUCAUUGGUGAUUAUCUUCGCAAGACUGCAGAGCUAAAAACAACUUCUGAUGUUCUUAGGGAAGGGGAAUGUGAUAAAAAAAACAGAAUUCAAAUUCUAACCUAUGAGCUUGAUAAGAGAACGGAAAAUUUGGAUCAUCUGCAAAUCGAGUAUAACGAGAAGAGCAUGUCCCUUGAUAGGUUGCUUGAAGACUAUUCCAAAUUGCACAAUGAAUUUUCCGAAGAAACAAGGAGGAUGCAGCAAAUAUCCCAAGAAAACAUUACAAAAGUUAUAGCUGAACAAGAGUUGCUGAACUUAGAGCUGGAAGCAAAGAGGAAACAACUCGAUUCAUGGAGCAGGGAACUUAACAGGCGUGAAAUACUGACUGAAAGUGACCGGGAAAAACUUGAUGAGGACAGGAACAAGAGUAAUGUGAGAAACAGUUCACUUCAACUAGCCUCGAUGGAGCAGAAAAGGGCAGGUGAAAAUAUCCUACGGCUGUUAGAGAAGCACCAGAGGGAAAUCGAGGCUGCCCAGACCGAAACACUGAGAUUAGAGAGGGAGCUAGAUGAAAAAAUAAGGUUGGAAAUGGAAAUUCAGGAAUUGAAAAGGAAGUUGCAAGUUAUGAAACAUCUAGAAAGUGAAGAUGAUGAUGCGCUUCAUAGUAGGAUGAAAGAGAUGCAAGACGAAUUAGAAGAUAAAGAGGAACAGAGAAAUCAUAUGGAAACUUUGAACCAGACUCUCCUUAGUAAAGAAAGGCAGAGUAAUGAUGAGCUGCAAGAUGCUCGUAAAAAAUUGAUUGAGGGCUUAAAAGAGAAUUUGUCUGGGACACGGACAAAUUUCAGAAUAAAAAAAAUGGGAGAACUUGAUGAGAGAGUCUUCAAGCAAGAAUGCAGAGAAAGGUUUCCACGAAUUCCACCUUAUGAAGCUGACGUUAAGGCUUUGGAACUGUGCUCUUUAUGGCAAGACAAAAUGACGGACCCCUCAUGGUAUCCAAUUAAAAUUGUCAAGGUUGAAGGAAAUGAAAAGGAAAUUGUUGAUCAAGAUGACGAAAUGCUUAGAAAUCUAAAAGAAGAAUGGGGAAAUGAAAUACACGGAGCAGUUUGUAAAGCCUUGUUGGAAAUGAAUGAAUACAAUCCAAGUGGUAGAUAUGUGGUACCUGAACUCUGGAAUACGAAGGAAGAUAGAAGAGCUACACUAAAGGAAGUCAUAAGCUACAUAAUUAAGAAUGUAAAGACACCUAAGCACAGAAGAGGAUGACUGUGAGGUAGUCAGGUGGAUCAAGCGCUUAGCUUCUGGUAUGCUGUUGUUUCAAUGAUAGAGUUGUCAUCAGAGGUGGUUACUACUGUUUUUUGAGGGGCAUUGUUCAAUGAAGUUUAUUACUUUCUGCAAACUCAUGAACUGAUGUGGAAUAUGCUAGCAUUAAGUUAGUAAUUGUGGUCUCUGCUGAAAUGUAACAGUUGGAACUUUGAUAAAACACAAUCUUCGUUUUGUGGUGUGUCUAAUCUAUAAACUUAAGUUAAAUUUC